AUGGCUACCGAGCCGGUGGCCGUGGGGCCCGCGGUGCCGUCACUGGUGGAUCGUUACUUCACUCGCUGGUACAAGGCGGAUGUCAAAGGAAAACCCUGUGAGGACCACUGUAUACUACAGCACUCUAACCGAAUAUGUGUCAUCACAUUGGCAGAAUCUCAUCCAGUUCUUCAAAGUGGAAAAACAAUUAAAAGCAUUUCCUAUCAAAUCAGUACCAACUGUAGCAGACUUCAGAACAAGGUCUCUGGGAAAUUUAAACGGGGAGCACAGUUUCUAACAGAACUUGCACCUCUGUGUAAGAUUUACUGCUCAGAUGGGGAAGAAUAUACUAUAUCUAGCUGUGUUAGAGGACGACUGAUGGAAGUGAAUGAAAAUAUUCUCCAUAAGCCUUCUAUUCUUCAAGAGAAGCCAUCCACUGAAGGUUACAUUGCAGUUGUGUUGCCCAAAUUUGAAGAAAGUAAAAGCAUAACAGAAGGGUUACUGACACAAAAACAGUAUGAAGAAGUUGUGGUAGAACGCAGUAAUGCUACGACAGCCACAUCGUGA